AUGUGUGACUACAAGGGCAUAAUAAAAUAUCCAGACAUUUCGGAAAAGUCUCAGGAUUCUGUGGAAUGUACUACUCAACCUAUGGAAAAGUAUAUCAUAGAGAACAACACAGCAGCCCAUAUCAAGAAACUUGACAAGAAGUACCACCCCAUCUUACACUGCAUUAUAAGGAAGAACUUUCACAUUUGUGUGAAGUAUGAGACUCAGCCCUCCAUCUAUUUCUACCAGGGACAAGUUAUCAUUCUUCCAUCAAAGUCUGAUUAG